AUGUCUUCCUCAUCAAGCGAUGAAGCAGAUAAAGCUUUUGAUGAAAUGGUCGACGAAGUUGUUGAUAAUUUCAUAGACACAGUAGUUGAUGGUCAAACCAACUACCGGAAGAAACGAGCUUAUAUCGAAAGAGAUCGAGAGCGAGGACACAAUCAACUAUGGAAAGACUAUUUCAUGGAAAAUCCUACAUACCCACCUGAAAUGUUUAGGAGGCGUUUUCGAAUGAACAACCCACUGUUCCUUCGCAUUGUCGAGCGUCUAAGUAGUGAAGUUCCAUACUUUCAGCAAACAAGAGAUGCUGCGGGAAGGUACGGGCUUUCUCCCCUUCAAAAGUGUACGGCAGCUAUACGUAUGCUCGCAUAUGGUCAGUCGGGAGAUACAUAUGACGAAUAUCUCCGACUUGGUGACAGUACAUCACGUUUAUGUUUGGCAAAUUUCACUGAUGCAAUAAUACAGUUGUUUGGAGAUGAGUAUCUACGCAAGCCUACACCCGAGGAUCUUCAACGAUUACUCGAUGUUGGAGAGGUACGGGGGUUUCCGGGGAUGAUAGGCAGCAUCGACUGUAUGCACUAG